CCCCAAAUUAUGAGGUGGCCCUCACCGUCUUCGUAGUUUUUCUAGAGUUUCCUCUUGCUUUCAAUUCCGCUUGUGGAGGUUCAAUUUCAUCGACAAUGGGAAGGCGAUCCUUAUGGGUUGCACUUCUCGUCCUCUCCCUUCUUCUUUAUUCGCGGCCGCACGGAGUUUCUUCCACUCUUCCUCUUCAAUCAUUGAAUCAGGGUUCUAAAGAUUCAGCCACCGAGAGCACUCCGAAGCAGGAUUUGAACAAUGCUCAUGAGGUGCAUUGCUCCAGAGAAAGGAGUAGGGCUGCGUGGAAAAUAAUUGAGGAGUAUCUAAUGCCAUUCAUGGAUAAAAAGCGAUACAAGGUUUCUACUAAGUGUAGGCUUCACCCCGAUAAUGACAUGUUCAGAGAUCAAGAACAGCACAAGAGCCAUCUAGAUUUUAAUGACUGGAAGUGUGGAUAUUGUAAAAAGAAAUUCUACGAAGAAAAGUAUCUCGAUCAGCACUUUGCCAAUAGACAUUAUGAUUUACUCAAUGUGAGUCGAAGCAAGUGCUUGGCAGAUUUUUGUGGUGCAUUGCACUGUGACCGUGUGAUAGAUACAAUAUCACAGAAAAGUAAAUGCAAUCCUGCUGCUGCUGCAAGAAAUAAACACAUGUGUGAGGGUCUUGCUGACAGUUGUUUUCCUAUCGAUGACGGUGCCUCGGCCAGCCAUCUUCACGAAUUCUUCUUACGUCAGUUCUGUGAUGCACACACAUGUAGCGGAAAGCCAAAACCUUUCUCGAGAGGUCGACAGGUUAGGACGAGUGUGUUCUACAUUGUUAUUUCAGUUUUGACAGUCAUUUUUGUGCUGUUUUUCUACGUCUUCAUUUACUUGUAUAAGAGGGGAAUGAGAACUCGACCUCAGGUGCUGAAACGCCUCUCAAAAAGUGGAGGAAAGAAAAAACCUUCAUAGAUAGAAGCUCUUGCCCUUUCAAUUAGAAUAUGUUGAUUUAUUUACAACUCACUUAUGAGAGGAAGAGAAUGAGAGGGCAAAGCUUGUUCUUUGAAUCAGUUUUCUUUCAUCAUCUGUACCUGUAGAACUCUCAACACGGACAGAUUCAACUCCCAGAGGGGAAUGAGAUUUUUUGUAUCAUAACAUUUGUUUGAGAAAUAUAACCAUUUGUUUGAGCACUCA